AUAUUUAAUAUAUAGAAAAAUAAAAAUAAGAAUAAAAUAAGAUUUUGACGCAGGUCCGCUCGAUGAACUGGCAACCCCAUAAUCUCUAGCUGGCUGUCUACGACAUUUGCGUACAGGGAGGCCGUGACACUGAGUGCAGUAUGAUCUCACGAUUCAUGAGAAAGUCUUAGUAACUCUGGACAUAUUUAAAGCAGAGCCUGGCUGUGGACUGCACAGGAUAAGGGCAGGAGCUCACGAUCAUACUGAUCGUCAGGAAUGGAGGCCCACGCUUCAGCUCGAGUCGUCUCCAGGAAGAGGAGGAGAGAGGGAUCUAACGGAGAGGCGGAGGAGGACGAGAGGCCGCUGAAGUUGAAACGCAGCACAGUGGGUUUGAAGGAUCCUGCACCCUACGCUGAUGAGCUCGACCCCAUGGAGAACAAGCCAUAUAAACGAGUUAGCAUGGAGGAGGCCAAGAGAGGAACACCACCUGAACGGCCAGUGAGGGUGUACGCUGACGGCAUCUUCGACAUGUUCCACUCAGGACACGCCCGCGCCCUCAUGCAGGCUAAAGGCCUCUUCCCCAACACACACCUCAUUGUGGGCGUGUGCAGUGACGAGCUCACACACAAGCUAAAAGGUUUUACGGUGAUGAAUGAGGACGAGCGCUAUGAUGCGGUUACACACUGCCGCUAUGUGGACGAGGUGGUCCGCAAUGCACCGUGGACCCUGACCCCAGAGUUCCUCACCAAACACCGAAUUGACUUUGUAGCUCAUGAUGACAUCCCGUAUUCAUCUGCCGGCAGCGAUGAUGUUUACAAGCAUAUCAAGGAUGCAGGAAUGUUUGCACCAACCCAGAGGACAGAAGGCAUCUCCACCUCUGACAUCAUCACGCGCAUCGUCCGGGACUAUGAUGUGUACGUGAGGAGAAACCUCCAGCGAGGAUACACUGCCAAAGAGCUAAACGUCAGCUUCAUCAACGAGAAGAAGUACCACCUGCAGGAGCGCGUGGAUAAGGUGAAGCAGAAGGUGCGGGACGUGGAGGAGAAGAGUAAGGAGUUUGUGCAGAAAGUGGAGGAGAAGAGCAUCGACCUCAUCCAGAAGUGGGAGGAGAAAUCCCGCGAGUUCAUUGGAAACUUCCUGCAGAUGUUCGGUCCAGAGGGGGCGCUGAAGCACAUGCUGAAGGAGGGGAAGGGCCGCAUGCUGCAGGCCAUCAGUCCCCGCCAGAGUCCCUCCAGCAGCCCGACCCGCGAGCGCUCGCCCUCGCCCACCUUCCGCCUGCCCUUCUUCACCAAGACCUCACCACCCGGAUCACCCUUCACCCUGCGGGGGCACGUCGGCGCCCAGACCAUCAGUGAGGAUGAUGAUGAUGAUGAUGAUGACGAUGAUGAUGAGAUUUAAGCUGCUGGUGAAGAAGCUAAAACUGGAAAACCCGAAAUGGACUCUGUUGAAGAAACUGGACUCUGGACUGUGUGUGUACGAUUCUCUGCACUUUCCACGAGUGUGUUUUUUUCGGCGAGAGAAGCUCCCGUGUUCAGACUGUUGUAAAACACAGGUUAAAUACUGCUCAUAUAGUUCAGUGCAGCGUGUACCGUACCACGUGCGUGAUGGUGAAGAGGAGUGCCAGCGUUCAGGAUUGUUUAGAGGUGUUUAGUCCUUGGGUAAAGGGCUGGGUUUAAGGAAGCGGUUCCCACUUUUAUCACGAUACACAGCUUUUAUUCGUUUUUACUUGUUUUAAUGUGGAGAAUUCAGUUCAGUUCACAUUUAUAAUCUUUAUCUAUUUUUGAAAUAUGACAGUAUCACACAGAACAUUUUUUAUUCAACUUCUGUUAAAGUCUCUGCAGUGAGCUCUUCCUUUUAAAUACUAAUUAUAAUGAAAAUAUUAAUUCUGAAUUAUUUAUAAUUAAUUAUGUAUCUUGAAGGUGGGUGGGGCCUUUAAAAACUACUUUUUGCUUUGUAAUAUUUAAGGUCAGACUGUUUGAUACUGCUUUUUUCUCAUAAAUAAGCCAAAAUAGCAAACAUCACCUGCUAGGAAGUUGAAUAUUUAAGACAUACUUAAGAGAUGUAAUUGCUUAUAAUAUUAAUUAAUAGAAAAUUAUUAUCAAUCAAAAAAGUAAAAUGGCUAAAAGCACAGACUACAUAAACCAUAAUGACAGAUGUCUUAAAAUAUAAUGUUUAAAGAGGCACUCUAACCAAUGUGAAAUGUGUAACUAUAGCCCUAUCUGGAUGGGAUCAUUUUUUCUUUUAUGGAGGGUUCUCUGUGAUUUUAUUCUCGUCCAGAACGACCAUGUACGUGUUUCUGUUCUGAGAAAAUUACAGACUGAAUUAUCUGCUGUUUUUCUCUGAACUCCGUGCUCCUCCAGUAAUUUUAGUAGUUUUAGGUCAGAAUGCCCCUUUAAGUAUAUUUUAUAAGGUUUAAUAGCACAAAUGUAUCCUUUUUAUUCAAACCUAAGUAUAUUACACUCUCAUUUAUCAUCUUUACUCCACAUAUUUUAUUUUAUUUUUUUAGACUGAUUCACCCAGAUUAAAUGGGGUGCCAACUUCGUCUAGGUGUGCUGGUGAGCUGCUGCAUGAGCAAAGAAUAAAGAAUAAAGUGAACCGUCUGGGUCCUGUAAGGUCAGAGUUUCUUCACGCCUUUAUUAAAAACAUUUAAUUCACUUGUUUUUGGAUUUUAAGAUUAGCAGCACUACUUUUGUUUUCCAUGUUUAUUUAUUUAAUAUUCUGUUUUAGGUAUCUGUAGGUGCAGGUAUUGGUCAACAUGGAUUUUUAUUUACUAUAUAAACCCACCAGUGAACCUA